AAGGCACUAACAACAAGCUUCCUUAACCAAGAAUAUUGGUAAACAGAAACUAUUGAUGGUCAUAUACAUUAUGGAUCCAUCUUUGUAUCUUUACAUGUUCCUCAUGAUCUGGUGUUGUUUUAAUCUUAACACACUGACUGACUCUUUAUCUUCUACGCAGCCACUAGUAUGCCAUGAAGAUGAGAGCUCAGCCUUGCUGCAGUUCAAGCAUAGCUUUGUCAUUAAAAAGUUUGCUUCUAGUGAUUCUUUUGCUUAUCCUAAAGUGGCGUCAUGGAAGCUCGGAGGAAACACUACUAGUAGUUGUUGCUCGUGGGAUGGGGUUGAGUGUGACAAGAAAACUGGUCAUGUGAUCGGCCUCGACCUCAGUAGCAGCUUUCUCUAUGGUUCUAUUGACUCCAACAGCACCCUUUUCGGCCUCGUCCACCUUCAGAGGCUAAACCUUGCCGACAAUCACUUCAACUUCUCUCAAAUCCCGCCUGGAAUCAGACAUCUUUCGAGGCUAACAAGUCUCAGCUUAUCCAGUUCUUUUUUUUCAGGUCAAAUCCCUUCAGAACUCUCAUCUCUUUCCAAACUGGUUUUUCUCAAUUUGUCUGUCAAUGUUGACACUAACUCUCAAAGUCUUUUGAGACUUGAGAAACCCAGUCUGAGAGACCUAGUUCAAAAUCUAAGCAACCUGAGUGUACUCGACCUGAAUGAUGUGAACAUAUCUUCUAAUGUGCCAAGUGCCUUGUCUAAUAUCUCCUCUCUAACAAUACUAAGUCUUCAAAGUUGUUUGUUGUAUGGUGAAUUCCCAAUGGGCAUUUUUCGUCUGCCAAACCUGAAAAUUUUGGGCAUGACAAGCAAUGAGAAUCUCAUUGGUUAUCUUCCUGAAUUUCACCACGGAAGUCCCCUCAAGAAUUUAUUGCUUGGGGGGACAAGUUUCUCCGGAAUCCUACCGAAUUCCAUAGGUAAUCUUGAAUCCUUGAACACGUUGGAGUUGAAGAAAUGCUUUUUCUAUGGGACCAUUCCGGCCACGCUUGGAAAUCUGACCCAGCUAUCCGCUUUGCUCCUCAAUGCAAAUAAUUUAGUCGGUCAAAUCCCAUCUUCGCUUGUGAACCUCACCGGAUUAACUUCGCUAGACCUUCAACACAAUCAACUCCAGGGCAAGAUUCCAAGCUCAAUCUCUCAACUCAAGCAUCUUGAAGUUCUUAAUCUUGCUUUCAACAACUUGAGUGGUGAAGUUGAGCUAGACAGUCUUAUGGAACUCCGAAACCUUACUCGCCUCCAUCUGUCAUAUAACAAAUUAACAGUGCUUACCAAUAACUAUACCAAUGCUACAACUAUUACGAAGUUCAAACAACUAGGAUUCUCGUCAUGCAACUUGAGGAAGUUCCCUGAUUUCUUGCGGUUCCAGGAGGAGUUGGUACUGCUUUUUUUGGCUUAUAACAAUAUUCACGACCAAAUACCAACUUGGUUGUGGAACAUAAGUAAAGAAACUAUGACAGUUAUUGACCUUGGUUACAACUUUCUUACAAGUUCUGAACAUCUUCCAGAUGUCAUUCCAUGGAGAUCACUAGGAGGUUUUGAUUUCAGUUAUAACAGGCUGCAAGGAUCACUCCCACUUCCACCACCAUCUAUCACAGUAUAUUUGGUGGCUGGUAAUUUACUAAGCGGAGAAAUUCCACCAUCAUUCUGCCAAAGUAGUUCUCUUUCUAUGCUUGACAUAUCCGAUAAUUACUUAAACGGCACAAUUCCUCAAUGUUUGGUCAAUUCUUCUAGUGAUUCUCUGUUGCUCCUCAAUCUGAGUAGCAACAAUUUACACGGCACUAUUCCUCCGACAUUCAUGAUGGGGAUCAAGAUGAUUGAUUUUAGCCAAAAUCAAUUGCAUGGGGAGGUACCACGAUCGUUGGCUAACUGCACAACCCUUCAAAUUCUUGUUCUGGAAUAUAAUCAGAUCGAGGAUGCGUUCCCCUUGUGGCUGGGAGCUCUUCCUGAGUUAGAAGUUCUCAUUCUCCGAUCUAACAGAUUCCAUGGUGCCAUUGAGAAUCCCAAAACCAAUUUAGAGUUUCCAAAACUGUGCAUCGUUGACCUCUCUCAAAAUGAUUUCUCUGGUAAAUUGCCAUCAGAGUUCUUCAAGAACUGGAAUGCAAUGAAAGUGGUCAAGAAAGAAAAUUCAACAUAUUUGCAAAUGGUGGGGAAUUUAAGUUCUAGUCAGGGACCAAAGUGGGUGUACCAAAGGAAUUAUACGUAUUCAGUAACUAUAGUUAGCAAAGGCACAGACAGGUUUUAUGAGAAGAUCCAAAGUGCCUUUGUAGUUAUUGAUUUUUCAAGCAACAAAUUUAGUGGGGAAAUUCCAGAAUCUCUUGGAAGUCUCAGUGGACUUCAACUGCUUAAUAUUUCCAACAACGAUCUCACUGGCUUCAUCCCAUCACCCCUCGCAUAUCUGACACAACUGGAAUCAUUGGACCUAUCUCGAAACCUGCUCUCGGGAGAGAUCCCUCAUCAACUAACCCAACUCACUUUCCUUUCAAUCCUAAACGUUUCUCAUAAUCGUCUCACGGGUCCUAUACCUCAAGGGGAACAAUUCUCCACAUUUGAAAACAGUUCAUAUGAUGGAAAUUUGGGAUUGUGUGGUGUCCCUCUGUCGAAAUUAUGUGGAACUUCAGAAAUGCAGCUGCCACCAUCUUGCAGCUCUCAAGGCGAUGACUCAGAGUUUCCUAGCGGUCUUUACUUGAUGGUCAUAAUCUUGGGAUAUGGAAGUGGGCUGAUAGUUGGGUUUCUUAUUGGGACAACUUUAACCAGGAGAUAUCACGAAUGGUUUGUUGAGACCUUUGAAAGGGUGAAGCAAGUUCAGUGGAGGCAGAAAAGGAAGGGGCGAAGAAACUAAGUCCGUGUUGCUUUCUGCCAAUCGAUUUGUGGGUUAUUUCUUUACUUUUGUUCUCGUGCUUUCAGUUUGAGCUCUCAUCUCGGCUGGGUUUUUGUUCUUAAAUGGGCCAUGUCUUAAGGAGGUGCAGAUCUUCAUGGAGCUUUGUUCUUGCUCGUUUUGCUGCUACAACAAGGAUAAUGUCUAGUUGUUAAUUUAUUUUGUCUAUACAUUUCUAAGUGUGGUCUUAUCACUUAUAUAUUUUUGGUUUUUUAUAUGGUAUGUGGUAUGUAUUCUUGUACUAAUUAAGACUAUCGUAGUGAAUAAAUAUUAAUGUAAGUACUCCCUACGUCCGCUUUUGUUAGCCC